GCUUUCUGCUCGCUUUGCUGCCCCUCCGGGUGGCAGAGCGCACUCGCUACAUUGAGAAGGAGACCCUGGAGUUCCCUGGGACUUGUGACGGCGUCCUGGACCUCGAUGGAGUCUACGAAGUGUCGAAGAGAACACAAAUCAACCUCACGCGGAGCUGCACGCUGCGGGGAAGCAGUCAGACGGUGAUUGAGUUGGCAGAAAGCGCGAGCUUGUUAUUCGUCAACCGGAAUCAUGGAAAUGGUGCGGAUGUUACCCUGGAAGGCAAGCUGCAGUUCACGGUGGCAGCACAUGCGGCACUUAGUGGUCCUUGCCUAAAAGUCGUCGGUAACGUGACCAUUGCCACAGACGAGCUCGCCAUGGCCAGGUGCAGUGGCAAAGGAUCCAUUUAUGUCACGAAAGACCUGCAGAUUCGUGGCAACGCGCGGAUCGUCGACUCGUACAGCAGUGAUGAUGGCG